AUGGCAGAUCUCUCUCUCUUUUCGAAUCUCCGGCCACCGGCCACUGCUGCGGUCGGGACCGGUGCCAAAAGGACCGGCUCAGCCCCGCCGUCAAGACCCGGCCCUUCCCCGACAUCAGCCGCCGGAAAACAUAGCUUGAUUUUCGAAUUGGAUUUCGGCCGGUUUUGGGAUCUCAAUUCCGGCCACUUCCGGUCAGUUUUUGAGGCGAAAGGUUAUCGCUUUGGACACCCACGCGCUGCCUGCGCGUGUGGCGGCUCGUGGACACUCUAG